AGUCCAACAAGUGGAUGGGAAGACCUGAGAAAUGUUUGAGCAAUCUACUGCAACACCUGCAAAACAAGUUUCAGUAAAGCUUUGUACACCAAACGUUGCGGGCAGAACUCUUUGACAACGCAUAGUCGCACAUAUUUUUGAGAGACGUAUAAACAUAUAUUGAAACAACAACUAUUUGUUUGGUUUACUCUAUAAGAAAAAAAUGAAAUUUCUUCAAAUUUCUACUUUACUUACUUUUGCGUUACUUACUUGCGUCGUCUCACUAACAAACGCCGCGGUAAUUUGUAUCGAUGAAUCAUCUUUGGAUAAAGUACACGAUGGAAAAGUCAACGAACGCCAAAGUAAUGAAGAUGGAAUUACGCUAAAUUCCACCGAUUUAAGCACUGCUGCUACUAAUGGCACACAACACGGUCAGAGUCAGGUUACACAGUUUCUACAGACGGUGCAGGAUACACUGGAGAAGGCCAAACCUUGGGUAUUUGAAAUGGAGAAAGAGGCAAAACGGUUGGAAGAGACCGCUAAACGUUUCGGCGAAGGAGUUAUACGCGGCCUGGGUAAAUUUGUUGAUCGCUUGAUUGGUACAGCCAAUGGUAAUGGUAGUGGCAGUGGCAGUGGCAGUGGUGCGGCAAAGCCGAACAGCGGUGACGAGCCCUCAACCACCAAUCCUUUAGAAACUACCAAUACGGAUGAGAAACAAUCUGAUAUGGCGACUUCAACAGCGUCAGCUGUUGCUGUUGCUGAAGUUGCGGUUGAAGCUGCUGCGGCUGCGGCUGCGGCCGAUGCAGGUGCGGUUGAUGAUGCAGAGAAUGAAAUUUCUGGACAACAAGACGAUAGUACACUUUGCCCCGACGGCUUUGUAGCUGAUGCAAAUGGAAUCUGUCUGCGUAAUCAUAAAUGAGGCGAUGAGCUAAAUUCUUCUUAAAUGCGUAUAUAUGUACAUAUGUAUGUAUGUAUGUAUGUAGCACUUAAAAGCGAAUUAAAUGAAAUGGUUUAUGCAAAAUGUAUGGCAGAUUUUGUUUAAAGAAUAAGUAAAUGGUUAAUUUAACCUUAGUGAAAAUAUAGAAAGUGUCAUUUAGAUUUACCGCAGAAAAA